AUGGUGAGCUGGGCCAGUGUGAGGAUGCAAGGGGACAACAGGAAGCAGCAGUUUGCAGCUCAGGAGGAGCCGGAGGUGUUUGGACACCUGCUGAAGAGACCGAUGGAAACAUUUUUUGACAACCACCACCCGGCCCUGAAAUCCCCCAUCCUGGUCUCCGGUCCUCGCUGCGCCGUGGAAGACACCUUCAGCCGCCACUUUGAGAGCAUCAUGGAGUCCCACCGUGCCAAAGGCACGUCGUACAACAGCCUCGACAGUGAGGAGCUGCUGACCUCCAGCACCCAAACCGUCCUGACCUUUGACCUGCCCACGCUCACCCCGGCCAUCCACGGGCCGGUCUGCCAAAGCGCCAGGCAGAUCGUGCAGCUCAGCUUCGCCCCGCUGGCCCACGACGAGCGGCCCAGCAUCUCCGACUCUAUCUUCACCAUGACGGGGGACUCAGACGCCACCCGAGCCCCCUCCAGUGAGAGGCUGAGCAGCGGGUCGGAGGACACGCCGCCCAAAGGACGAGGGUGUUCACAGCUGGGGAGCAGCUGGUACAGCAACCCGACCUUCUCAUUACCCAGCAGGGACAAGGCCCGCCUGGCGACGGACUCGGAGCUGGACCAGGACCUCAGCGACCGGCUGGGUCUCGACAGCAGCGACACCCUCACCAACGGCAGCCACCGAGCCGACGUGGCGGCGGCCAGACGUUUAGCCAAACGGCUCUUCAACUUGGAUGGCUUCCGGAAGUCCGACGUGGCACGGCACCUCAGCAAAAAUAAUGACUUCAGUCGUAUGGUAGCAGAAGAGUAUCUGAGUUUCUUCAACUUCACAGGCCUCUCUAUUGACCAGGCAUUGCGGACUUUCCUCAGGCAGUUUGCCCUGAUGGGGGAGACUCAGGAGAGGGAGAGGGUGCUGGCACACUUUUCUAAGCGUUACUUGGACUGCAACCCAAAAGUCAUGCCGUCAGAGGAUGCAGUUCACACUCUCACCUGCGCUCUGAUGCUGCUGAACACCGACCUACAUGGCCAGAACAUCGGUAAGAGGAUGUCGUGCCCACAGUUCAUCGGCAACCUUGAAGGACUGAACGACGGCCAAGAUUUUCACAAGGAUCUGCUUAAAGCUCUCUACAACUCAAUCAAGAACCAGAAGCUGCAAUGGACUCUCGACGAGGAAGAGCUGCGGAAGUCGUUUUCGGAGCUGGGGGACAGCCUGUGUGAAUCCACCGCCUCCCGCUCGGUGAAGGGGGAGGGCAGCGGUGGGAAGACGCUGACGGACGAGACGCAGACGUCCGGAUCGCAUCUGUACAAGAACGGGUUCCUCGUCCGCAAAGUCCACGCCGACUCGGACGGCAAGAGAACUCCGAGAGGGAAAAGAGGGUGGAAGACUUUCUAUGCCAUCCUCAAAGGACUCAUUCUCUAUCUGCAGAAAGGGGAGUACCGGCCGGAUAAACAGCUGACCGAGGAGGACCUGAAGAACGCCGUGUCCAUCCACCACUCUCUGGCCAUGAAGGCCUCGGACUACAGCAAGAGGCCCAACGUCUUCUACCUGCGCACCGCCGACUGGAGGGUCUAUCUCUUCCAGGCACCGAACGCGGAGCAGAUGCAGUCUUGGAUCACGCGGAUCAACGCGGUGGCCGCCAUGUUCUCGGCUCCUCCUUUCCCAGCAGCCAUCGGCUCGCAGAAGAAGUUCAGCCGGCCGCUACUGCCGGGGACGGUGUCGAAACAGACGGAGGAGGAGCAGGUCAGAUCCCACGAGUCUCGAUUCAGAGCGCUGUCCACUGAGCUGUCCGAGCUGCGCUCCUACCCCCCCGACCGCAAGGUCAAAGGGCGCGAGCUGGAAGAGUACCGGCAGCGAGACGAGUAUCUGGAUUUUGAGAAAACGCGGUACGCGACCUACGUCAUGCUGCUGCGAGCGAAGAUCCGGAGCGGCGAGGAGGACCUGUCCCUGUUCGAGGCCCAGCUGCUGGACGACAACGGGCUGCAGAGGGCUCUGUCCAGCCCCACGCUGCAGGACAGCAGCCAGGCCAGCCAGAUCAGCCAGGCCAGCAGCGCCAGGGACGGGGGCGCCAGCAGCAAGGCCAGUGGCUGCAGCAGCAAACCCCGCCCCGACGGCCAGAGACACAGCUACCGGCAGGCCGUCAAGAAGUGAGACGGGACGGGGGCGCCGGGAGCGGCACGGCUUUGCACCGCCAGCAGCAGGCUGUCUCCCUGCAUGAAGUUUUUAUUUGAGAUCCAGGAGGGUUUGGAGCUCUG